AACCCUAUAGAGCCUGUGCGCUUUGGAUCACCAGGAGGGCCAGCUGCGAUGCGAACCCGACUAGGAUGGACUCUGCAAGGGCCUGCAAAGUCGCUUGAGUCACAGUUAGAGUCUCAACAGUGUCUGUAUACCUCCUGCAGCCCCCUAUCUGUUGAACUCCAGAGGAAUGUGGAGAAGCUGUGGCAAGUGGAUGUUCUACCAUAUAAGAGUGAAAAGGAGGUGACAAGGUCGAAGGAGGAUCAUGAAGCCCUUCAGAUAUUGGAGGCCAGAACAAGGCGCGUGGAUGUUAAGGGAGUGCUCCGGUAUGCCACACCCUUAUUGAGGAGGAAGGAUGCACCACUUUUUCAGGCCACCCAAGAGGCGACACUGCCCAGCCUGAGGAGUAUGGAGAGACGUCUGAGCAAAGACCCGGUUAGGGCUGCUGCAUAUAUGGACGAGAUUGAAAGGUUGGUGACCUCUGGGUUUGUAGCCAAACUGCAACCGGAGGUUGCCUCUCAGAGCCAAGAGAGUUGGUACAUACCUCAUCACAUGGUCCAGCACAAUGGCAAGAAUAGAGUGGUCUUUAAUUGCUCUUUUCGACACAAGGGACUUAACCUGAACGAGUCCCUAUUGCCUGGCCCUGUCCUGAGCCCUUCUCUGGUUGGAGUGCUCCUGCGCUUCAGAGAACACAGCAUUGCCAUCAGUGGUGACAUAAAAGGGAUGUUUCACCAGGUGUGCCUACUCCCGGAAGACAAACCGCUCCUGAGGUUUCUUUGGCGCAAUAUGAAUCGGGAUGAGCCCCCUCACAGCUAUGAAUGGCAAGUCCUUCCCUUUGGGACAACAUGUAGUCCCUGCUGUGCCUCCUUUGCGCUACAGCGGCAUGUCCUCCUGCAUAGUGAACCAGGAGAGGAGGUGAGGUUCUCCAUCGAACGGUGCUUCUAUGUGGACAACUGUCUACAGAGUGUUUCAUCGAUUGAAGAAGCCCAGCAGUUGGUCAAGAAACUACGGCAGCUUCUGGCUUCCGGGGGCUUUGAAAUUCGGCAGUGGGCUAGUAAUAGGCCAGAAGUGAUUAGUCAUCUGCCAUCCGAGGCACGGUCAGACAAACUGGAACUCUGGCUGUCACAGGACCGACAAGAAGCGCAUGAAUCAACCCUGGGACUGAACUGGAACUGUGAGACGGACACCCUCAGCCUCAAGCACCGACCCAUUGACUAUGGAGAGCCCACUAUGAGGAACAUAUAUCGAACCCUGGCUAGUCAGUACGACCCACUUGGGUUCAUCAUUCCCUUCACCACCAGGGCCAAGAUUAUUGUACAGCAACUCUGGGACAAGCAUCGAGAUUGGGAUGACCCCCAGUUACCUCAUGAUUUGCUGCACCAGUGGAAGACAUGGAAGGGGGAGUUGGUGCAUUUAUCAGAGUUAACAUUGCCACGAUGUUACACACUGCCGCACAUGGAUCUGUCUGACAUUGCAAGAGAGGUACAUAUCUUUUGCGAUGCAUCAGAGCGAGCCUAUGGCUCUGUGGCUUACCUGAGAUCAGAAGAUCAUUAUGGUAAUGCGCAGCUGUCAUUCCUCAUGGCCAGAUCACGGGUUGCUCCAAGGAAGCAGAUAUCUAUUCCCAGACUCGAACUCUGCGCUGCACUCACUGGAGCCCAGCUCGCAAAGCUACUUCAGACAGAACUAACGUUCAAGGUGACCACAUGUACGCUGUGGUCUGAUUCAACCACUGUCCUCAACUGGUUGCAUUCCACAUCCUGCCAUUUCAAGGUGUUUGUUGGCACCAGGAUUACAGAAAUUCAAGAGCUUACUAACCCCAAAGACUGGCGAUAUGUGGAUUCUACAAGAAACCCAGCUGAUGACAUCACAAGGGGCAAAAGUCUCACUGAACUGGCCAGCCCAAAUAGGUGGAUUCAAGGCCCAGAUUUCCUCCUCCUACCUCCUGACCAGUGGCCCUCCUGCCCAUCGUUGGGUGCAUCAGACCCAGAGGAUGGCAUCGAGCUAAAACGCUCUGCCAUAUGUCAUAUGGCUAACACGACCCCGGGUAAUCAAACCCCAGAGGCCCAGCGGUUCAACACAUGGGCAGAAUUAGUAGAAGCCACAGCUAAGGAGAUUCAAAAUGCAGCAAUGCAGGGUGACCCAGCUGGGAGUAACUCACCUACUGCAGGGGCCUACACCGAGGCAGAGCAACAGAUCUUGAGACAGAUUCAGAUGGACUGUUUCCCAGAGGACUACCACCUACUACAAGCAGGCAAACCUAUACCGGCUAACAGUCGGCUGCUAUGCCUAGCACCGCAGUAUGAUGCCAAUCAUAGACUGAUCCGGGUUGGUGGCAGGCUGCGGCGAGCAGAGAGCCUUGAUCUGUCUGUUGUACACCCUGUGGUCCUGGAUCCCACCCAUGUGUAUACCAGACUACUUAUUCAAGAUGUGGAUGCACGUCUCGGUCAUCCUGGCCCAGAGAGAGUAUUCGCUGAGCUUCGGCGGACUGUAUGGAUCCUGCGAGGUAGAGAGGCCGUUAAGCGGCACCAACAUAGUUGCAUGGAUUGCCGUAGGUGGAGGGCAAACCCAGCUUCUCAGCAAAUGGCUGACCUGCCACCUGCCCGCCUCAGGCUGUUCAAACCUGCCUUCUAUUCCACUGGCAUGGACUGCUUUGGUCCUUUCUGGAUCAAGAUAGGCAGACGCAGGGAGAAGCGAUGGGGCAUUUUGUUUAAGUGCCUCACUACUCGGGCCGUCCAUAUAGACCUCCUGACAUCCAUCGACACUGACUCCUUUCUGAUGGCCUUCCGAAGGUUCAUUGCGAGAAGAGGGAAACCGGCAGAAGUUUACUCGGAUCAGGGAACAAACUUCAAAGGAGGGGAAAAGGAGCUCCAGCAGGCGUUCUCCAUCAUGAGUCCGGACCUCCAGCAGAAACUGGCUAAGCAGCAGGUUCGUUUCCGCUUUAACCCACCUGCAGCACCCCACUUUGGAGGCACUUGGGAAAGAGAAAUCCGCGCUAUCGAAGAUGCCUUAUACACCUCUGUUGGCUCUCAAACAGUGAGUGAGGAAGUACUCGGGACCGUUCUUACAGAAAUCGAGGGUAUCCUGAAUGCCAAACCCCUAGGUUAUGUUUCUGCUGAUGUGGCUGACAUCGAUCCAGUGACCCCUAAUUACUUGCUCACGGGGCGGCCUGACAGCUCCCUACCUCAGGUAGUGUAUCCCGAAGAAGAAGCGCUAGGGAGGCGAAGAUGGAGACAUUCGCAAAUCCUGGUGGACAGAUUCUGGUCAUCUUUCAUCAGACACUAUUUGCCUAAUCUCCUAACUCGCAUGAAGUGGCAGAGACCCAUGGAGGACAUAACAGAGGGAGCGGUUGUUCUGCUGGUGGAUCCACAGCUACCCAGAGCAUCAUGGCAGAUUGGGAGAGUGACGAAGAUUCUUACUGGUUCUGAUGGCCACACCAGAACAGCAGAGGUGAAGAUACGUGACAAAACAUACACCCGGCCUAUAGUACGUCUGAUUGUGCUUCCGGCGAUCAAGGAUGAGGAUGACCAGGUGGGGGAGCCCUCGUCUGUAUAAACAGCCUUUCCAUGGGGCCAAUUUGCACCGCAAAUUGGGGGGCGGCUAUGUUGGAAAGGCUGUCAGCUGUGUGGGGGGGCCCCCUUGUGGCGAGAGAGCACAGUUGCACUAUUGAGCACAUGUUCCAGUGAUCAGAGUUGGAGCUAACACAUAGCAAGAGCCGCCUGGCAGACUGACUCUGCAGGGGAUGUCUACACACGGUGUGAGUUGUGUGCGUCGCUAAAGAACUGUGAGUAGACGUGGAGCCAUGCCUGAAAAGGACAGUUUUAGUCUUUUAUGCCAAUUAGACAUUUAGUGGAUGUAGAAGUGCAAUGUGUAUCGACCUGUUCGCUAUGUGGCUAGUUCAUGCUACUAAUGCUACCUGUUAUGCUACAUACCUGCUAGCUGUAAGCUAAACGAUUUGGUGUUUGUGAUAUAUUGUUGUUGGGUGUAUUGGCAAUCAAUGUCAUGUACUGUAAGGGUUUGGGAGUAGUGUAUGAAACUCGUGCAUGUAGAUGUUCAUAUAGGAAUUCCCAUUUGUAGUUCUGGUUAGAUUCGAAGAACGCUAAUGCAUCAUAAUUCAUGACUUAGAUGUUUAUUACAUUCAGUAUUCUGUAUAUGUUCUGUUCACAGACCACACACACCCACACCCCUCACCACUCUGUAAGCCUGCGGUUGCAUUACUGUGUUGCUGUACUGUGCUGUUAAGCUGAGGAAUCACAGUAAAGACGGUAUAACCUUUAUCUGUGCGUCCUGUGUGUUCUGACCGACACCCCAAGGUGAACACCACUGCUAUUCAGCCAACGCCUAUACAGUCCUGGGUUCAACCCAAAUUAACAC